AUGAUGGAAUGGGGGAGAAGAAACAAGCGAGAAUUGGUGCUUAUGAUGCACAUAUUGUUGCCGCUCUGUGUUCACUGGAUUGCUGAAGAGAUGACCCAUUCAGUUCUUGUGGAUGUCACCACUACUGCCCUCUGUUCUGGCAAAUCCACUUGCCCUGAAGCAAUCUACAUCAAUGGUCUUCAGCAAACUAUUGUUGGAAUCUUCAAAAUGGUGGUCCUUCCAGUUUUAGGCCAACUUUCAGAUGAUUACGGCCGAAAGCCACUUCUCCUUCUUACUAUAUCCACAACUAUAGCUCCUUUCACUUUGCUUGCAAUUAAUAAGUCAAAGCCCUUCGUGUAUGCUUAUUAUGUGCUUCGCACAAUUUCUUUCAUCAUCAGCCAAGGAAGUAUUUUCUGCAUUUCUGCUGCUUAUGUGGCUGAUGUCCUUGAUGACGACAAGAAGACAGCAGGAUUUAGCUGGAUGAUGGGCCUUUUUUCUGCAUCCCAUGUCCUGGGAAAUGUUAUUGCACGUUUUCUUCCUGGAAAUUACAUUUUUGAGGUUUCUAUUGCCCUGCUGAUCUUUUCUCCUGCUUAUAUCAUACUGUUCCUGACAGAGACCGUGACUCCAGCUCCAAAAGCAAACCAACGUUUGCCACUUUUGAGGAAAGUGCUUAAGAUUGUUCAGCAGCGUUACGACUCAAUGAAGAAGGCUGCAACUGUUGUAAUGGACAGCCCGACACUGAAGUGCAUUACUCUUGUUUUAUUCUUCUAUGAGUUGGGGAUGUCUAGCAUUGAUACCACAUUACUUUACUAUCUGAAGGCAGUCUUUGGCUUUAACAAAAAUCAAUUUUCAGAAAUUCUCAUCGUUGUAGGAAUUGGUUCAAUUUUUUCGCAGUUGCUGGUGCUUCCUAUAAUCAGUCGAUUUGUUGGAGAGAAAGUUGUACUUUGUGCAGCUCUACUUUCAUCUACAAUAUAUGCACUGCUAUAUGGUUUGGCGUGGGCGCCGUGGGUCCCGUACUUGAGUGCUGCUUUUGGAGUAGUCAAUAUUCUUGUCAAACCCUGUACUUAUGCUAUCAUAUCGAAAGCAUCAAGUUCAACUGAUCAGGGAAAGACACAAGGUUUCAUUGCGGGCAUACAAUCAAUUUCAAGUUUGUUAUCACCCUUGGCCAUGACUCCAUUGACAAAUUUGUUUCUAUCAAAAGAUGCACCAUUCAAGUGUAAAGGUUUCAGCUUUGUAUGCGCAUCCUUCUCCGUGGCUAUAUCAUUUGGGAUUGCCUGGAUGCUGAAGCCGAGUCCAUCAACCAAGACAACGGAGGUUGGUGAUUCAGACGUUGAAGCACCUCUUUUGACAUAG